AGGCCAACCCACCUCCCUACAUAAUCGCACGGCCCAAUGAAGAGAAUAUUUUGGAAUGGCACUACGUCAUCACCGGACCUCCUUCGACACCUUUUGAGAAUGGUCAGUACCAUGGGAUCCUCAGGUUCCCUCCACAAUAUCCCUUCAAACCACCAUCCAUUUCGAUCAUCACGCCCAACGGCCGUUUUGCCUGCAAUACACGGUUAUGCUUAUCAAUGAGUGACUACCACCCAGACACCUGGAACCCCGCCUGGAGUGUCAGCACGAUUUUGACGGGGUUGCUCAGUUUCAUGACGGGUGACGAGUCCACCACCGGCUCUAUCAACACCACUGACAAUUUAAAGCGCAAGUACGCCAAAGACAGUAAGCGGUACAACGUGACAGAAAACUCGAGGUUCAUCAAGAUAUUUUCAGAUCUUUUGGAGCAGAACAAAUUGGAUCUCUUGAACCAAGAAGAUGAAGUGAACCAAGAGAAGGUUACCGAGCUGGUAUUUGAUGCCAAAAAUAACGUCCACUUGCUCGAUCCCGAGGACAAGGCGAGACUUUUGGUGGAGGAAGAUGGAGAACGGAGCUUUAAUGCCCCCAAACUAGUUUUUGGGGUGGUGCUAGCUGUUUUCCUUGCAUACUUUUUGAGCUGAGUGGAUUGCUUAUCAGCUCAACUCGCGCAUACUCAGAUGAAUGCGCGCAGAAUACCCCAGAACACUGAACACCGUAUCCAUUACAUAGCUCAAUCCUACAUAUGUCUCUAUGAAUAAUAUAUACUAAAGUACAAUUCUGGCUGCAAUAGCUACUGACAGACUGCUGCAGCUGGCUGUUGCCGCAUUCCCAGGACUCCCGAACAACCCGCGGAACCAACAUGCGCCGAAAAAUGACACUGCCCAGGAGGACAGAUUUGGCCUAGUCUGCACCAUCAAAGCUUAUUGGAGAAGGCGUGGGUUUCUAGGGUUCGAGAUCUAAAACGCAACUGCAAAUCGCAACUUGGGGCAAACUUUCACCACACUUACUCCAAGAACACAACUACAUCAACACUAAGCCAUUGCGGCAUUUGAGCAAUCGUCUUGGGUCAAGUUUCAACGAAUUCCAUUUCUUGAAAAAUUUUCGACGCGCUCUUUUGUUGCAGUGAGUAAACACAAGUUUAUUUUAAACCUCACUUGAAAAGCAAAGCCUUUUAGUUUAUAGUUAAAGCUUCACCCUGCUGCUUAAAGUUCAACAUAUUUCUUCACACAUCCGUUUUUCCUUCGGGCACAUAUUGCCACCCUUAUUUUGCAUAUUCCCUUGACGCCUUACACCCGUCCUUUUUAGCCUGGUGAUCUAUCAUAUUCGUGAUAAAUAAUACACCUUGUCAUGUCUAGUCACCCUUACCGCCAGAGAGUGCCCCAAAGCGAGGCUCUGGUUAGCUCGGGCUCAGAGUCGUCGUCGUCGCAGUACAACACUCCCCAGAACUUGAAUCUCCACCAGUUUAGAUCCCACCCCCAAUCCCAGUCUAUCCACGAAAUCGCCAGCUCUGGUAGUGGCCCAUCAACUUUGGGACUUCUGGACUUCAGUACCGGCAUGGGGAGCCCCAACCUGAAGCCCCUUCAUGAUAGUCCUCAUUUCAACGGGGGAAACCGGGUUCCAUAUCCGCUUAAUAGCAGUGAUUUUACCACUGCUACCGCCACACCUCCACCGGUAUUUGCUAAUGAUCUCGCAUCUCCCCCUUCAAAUCCGUUGAGCGCCACAUCUUCGGUCACCAACUUGAACAUUAAUAACUCCAAUCUCGAUUCAUAUGUGACCCAUUCCAAGAGUGAAAAUAGCUUGGCAACCCCAAAGUUCAAUCAAGCGCAGCACAGUCGUUCGGUGAGUUCCACCUCCAGUUUCUUUGAAAGGAGCGAUAACAUCAGUUUGGUGGACUUCAAUCAGAGUUUGAUCACCCUGUACUUGGGGGAUAACUCCAGCCAAUUGUUGCCUCGGAUUAAGACGAUUGAAUUAUACCGAAAAAAUGCCAAAAAGUCCAAUGAUCCUAUGGUGCUAUUCCAGUUUGCACAAUAUAUGCUCCAAACAGCCUUGUUGUUAGACACAGAUGCCCAUAAUUCGGGCCCCACGUCGGUGGAAAACUCACCUAAGCGGGGGCCAGCCGAUGGUACUAAAGAAAGUAGCCAUAAGCACGAGAAGAGCAAGUCGGGUAAUUCUUUUGACUUAUCCAAGUUGGACGAUAAUUCUGUGAAUGAUAAACGGUUGAGAAUAGCAUUAUUGAAAGAAGCAGUCAUCUACUUGCGGAAACUAGCCGAUAAAGGGUAUGUUGAUGCUCAAUACUUAUUAGGAGAUGCGUGCAGUAGUGGGGCGUUGGGUAAAGUCGAUAACAAAGAGGCAUUUGUAUUGUUCCAAGCGGCUGCUAAACAUGGGCACGUUGAAAGUGCGUUCCGUACCAGUUACUGCUAUGAAGAAGGAUUAGGAACUGGUCGUGAUGCCCGGAAAGCCAUUGAAUAUUUGAAGAUGGCGGCAUCUAAAAACCAUGCGGCCGCCAUGUACAAACUUGGAGUCUACUCAUUUUACGGGCGCAUGGGAUUAUCCCAAACUGACGUUAAUGUCAAGAAAAUGGGAAUUAAAUGGCUUAGUCGGGCAUCUAACGUUGCCACAGAAUUAAUUGCGGCAGCUCCUUAUGAAUUGGGAAAGAUUUAUUUCCAUGGAUUCAAAGAUAUCGUUAUUACCGACAAAAAAUAUGCAUUGGAAUUAUACAGUCAAGCGGCUGCUUUGGGUCAUGUUGAAAGCUCGGCCCUUUUGGGGCACUUUUAUGAGGUUGGAGAAAUCGUUCCGCAGGAUUCAAAUCUCUCAAUCCAUUAUUAUACGCAAGCGGCAUUAGGAGGAGACCCGAACUCAAUGCUAGCUAUGUGUGCAUGGUACUUAGUGGGGAAUGACCCCUUCUUACCCAAGGAUGAAAAUGAGUCUUUUGAAUGGGCCAAAAGAGCUGCCAUGUGUAACCUUGCCAAGGGACAGUUUGCGUUGGCCAAUUUCUACGACAAGGGUAUUGGAUGUGACAAAAACGCCAGUGAGGCCCAAAAGUGGUAUAUCAAGGCCGGAGAAAAUGGUGACGAAAAAGCCAUUGGUAGGAUCACCGACAAAGAGUUGGCUGCAAAAUUACAAAAGGCCUUCAAAAAGAAGAAACCCGACACCCAGUCAGUUCCCAGCAUCGCCAGUAAUUUGAACUUCGAUUCCAAGUCAGUCGCACAAGAGAAGGAUUGUGUGAUUAUGUGAUGAGAAUUUAGGUGUUUAUAAAUGACCUUAUUCCAUUUCAGUGUCUCAGCCGUCCGUUAAUUAUAGUCGGCAUGGUCGCACGUAAUUCUACCCUCGUUGAAUGUCUCCAGUUCUGACCACAGUCCUCAUCUCUAUUAAGUUUUUAUAUUUAGAAAUGAUGCCUCCAAAUAUGCACCAA